GAGAGUACUGCGUAGUGCGUACUUCCGAAAAACCCGCGCGCGCAGAGAGGGAUCGAGACACACUCACACACACACAACACCGGGCCCGAUCUGAACCACGGCCGCCGCGGCACCAGUCAGUUACUUACGCACCGUCCGAAGCGAUCGCCAUGCAACACGGCGGCCGCUGUCGUCGAUACCGCCGUAGCAGCAGCAGCAGUUAUUGUUGUUAUUAUUGUUGUUGUUUUCCAAACGCCGCUGACAGUGUCGAUUUAUUCGUGCGCGACGCGUUUGUGCAUAGCGGAAACGUGAUGAUGACGAGCGAACGACGCCGUCACCGCCGCCCCGAUUUUAGUGCUACCGAAACAGCACCGCCGUCGCCGUGCCAAAUAAUAAUAUAAUUCAUACACGUCUCUAGUGCAAUAGUUAUUACACGAUUGAUAAUAAUUAUUGGCGUAUAUAACAAUAUUAUGAUAUACACCGCGUAAACUAUUAACUAAUUGUAAUUAUCGUUUUGACGUUGUCGCCGAUUGCCUUCAACGUCCGUCUCACUACCGUCAUCGUCGACGUUGUCGUAACUUCCGUCAUCGAAAAAUUAUAUUAUUAUUAUAAUUAUUAUUAUUAUUAGUAAUCGAAUUAUUUUUUUUCUAAAAACCACAAGGUACUACCGAACCGUAUCGUCGUAAUUAACAUUUUAAAAACAUAUUAAAAUAUAAAAAUAAAGUGCACCACCGGUCAUCGCGUUAACCCGCCACCGUAUUCAUCGCCAUUGAUAAGUGCAUUAUGUUUUGAUUUUUUACGCGCUCGCUACACGGGACUGUACUUAUCAACUCACGCGCGUUUAUUACUAUUAUUAUUAUUAAACAUACUAUCGUACAUACAUAUAUAUGUAACACUGCGCUAAUCGUUCGACCGCCUGGUUUUGUUUACAUUUCACCAAAGUAUGAUGGACACUAAAAAAGAUUUUGAGUUUGAAGAACUUAUAAUUUGUGGCUGUUGUAAGCAGAAAUUCAAUGACACAGAAUUUGUGCCAAAAGAACUCAGUUGCAAACAUUGUUUCUGCUUGCGUUGUGUUAAGACUACUAUGCUCAAAGGUUUAGAAGUAUAUUGCAUAAAUUGUUGGAAACGUACUGAAUUGGAUGAGCAAUCUCCAGAAACUUUACGAACACAAAAUUCUAUUCUCAGUCUAAUCAGACACCUGGCUAAUGUUAAAGUUAAUAAUUCUGUUGAUAAAGAACGAAAGGGUGAAAAUUGUCAUACACAUGGAAUGCCAUUUUCAUUUUGGUGUUAUAAUUGCCAGCAACUAAUAUGUCGAGCAUGCGGAUCUCAAUCCGAUCAUGUAGGACACUCUAUAAAAUCAAAUAAUGAUGCACGUGAUCAUUUAAUUGGUGAAGUCCAAGUUGAAACUAUUGCUAUUGCUAAACUGAUGAGUGAAAUUCAAAAUCUAUUUGGACAUAAGCGACAAUUUUUGUUAAGAGUUUUAGAUGCUUGUAAUACAUUAAAAACCCAAAUUGAAUUAGAGUUAAAUAGUGGUUGGACUCAAAAUACAAAUGAUUUACUGCAGACUAAUGAAGCUCUUAAUAGUAUCAAACCAUCAAAUUUGCGUACAGAUGAUUUAUAUGAUUUACAAUUAUACUUAAAUCGAUUAGAACAAGUAAAGCAGAAAGUACAAAAUAAAUAUUCUGAGCAAUUUGCCCACGGUCAAUUUGAGGAUAUUAUAUCUUCUACUAACUUGUUAGAUUUUGGUAUGAUUAAACAAUCAUUAUCUUCAUUACAAUCAAUGGCUUUAGAAUCAUAUAAAUCUUCAGACUUGGCAAAUCCAAACACUCAUAUUUUUUUCUUGGCAAACUAUUGUACAGCACAAUUAUUUACACAAUAUGUACUACCUAAACAUGUAACACAACUUGUAAAUGGCCAGGAAUUUGUCAAAAACUCUCCAGGUAACUCGUCUACCACUCAAUAUACAAAUUCUCUUUCUUCAAUAUCAUCCAAUGAACCUGUACUAAUAACAUCACAAAACAGUCCACCGCAGACUAUUUUAAAUAAUGUACCUUCAGUACGCAGUGUUCAUACUUUUCCAAUGUUUUACUUUAAUAUUGAAGUAAAUGGGACAUCAUUUGGUCGAUUAGUCAUUGAAACCAGACCUGAUGUUGCACCGAAAAUGUCAAAGAAUUUUGAAGUAUUGACUAAUGGUGAUGCAAAUGGUUGUUCAUAUAAAGGCUGUUCAAUAUUUCAAUGUUGGGAAGGGGAGUCUGUGAUAACAGGUGAUUUUGAAUUAAAUAAUGGUCGAGGUGGCAAAUCUAUAUAUGAAGAAAGUUACUUCAUGCCAGAUGACACCAAGUUUCCUGCAGUUCGAGGAGCAGUUGGAAUGCGCCGCACUCAAAAAAGACAUGAUAAUAUGGGUAUGGUUGGAUCACAGUUUCGUAUAAUACUGCAAGAGAUGCGUGGUUUCACUGCAAUUUUUGGACAUGUGGUUGAUGGCAUUGAUCUCGUAGAAAAAAUGGCCUCGUUUGGAGAUCAAACUGGCAAACCGUCCAAAACAUUUGUCAUAUCUAGUUGUGGUAAAGUGUAAACCCCUACUGGUUUUUAAUGUAUAUUUAUACUAUAUAAUCAAACGAGUAGUUUAUAGUAAUGAGUGAAUGUUUUUGUAAUUCAUUAUUGGUCAUUUCGAUAAAUUUUAUUUUGAAAUUCCCUUUGAAAAGUAUAUUAUUCAUAUAUAUUAGUUUAAAAUAAUAACUGUUAUAAUGUACCUGUGUAUGGAAAUUAUAAAAUAAUAUAAUGGCAUUCUAAAAUUAAGUCAAGCACAGUAAAAUA